AUGCCGACUCCGAGUGAUAACACCCCGCCCUUGAAUGCUUCAAUCGCAGAAGAAAUCUCCGCUCGCUCUACCUGUCCACCGGAGGUUGAUAGAGAGAGUCUACAUACCAGAGAAGAAAGGCCGUAUCCCUGGGUGUCGGCGUGGGAGAGGAGAAACACCAGCGAUGAUGCUCCCGACAACACCUUCUCGCCAACCGGUCCAUCAAACCAUACCGCCUUAACACCAUCAGAUGGAACUUCCUUUGCUUCUACCGAUGCGGACCCCGUGACGGGUGAACCAGUAGCCAGAGCGCCCAUGAAGGGCGUGGGGAGAUCGGAAGACGAACCUGCUGCGGGGAGACUGAGCCCUGCUGCGGAGUCAUCCUGCUCCUCCGGCCCGGUAUCUCCAGUCACCCCUUCAUCAGCUACUUCUCUGCUAAGCUAUGAAUUUUCUAACAUUCGGCUUUUACCCAAUUAUUCGUCGUCUUUUCUGCGACCGGGAAGUAGAUUUACUGGUACACAGCAGUCAGACAGUCAUGUCUACAGCGUAGAUGUGGAGAUUAAGCACGUUGAUAUGCUUGAAUCUUAUCUUUGUGGAUACCUUCGCAUACAAGGUCUCACCGAGGAUCACCCUACUUUAACAACGUUCUUUGAAGGCGAGAUCAUUGGAACCAAGCACACAUUCAAAACUAGAAAUGAAGCAUGGGGCGCGACCGAAAAGACUGACAUGCAACAUUGGGGAAGGUUUCCCGCUUGGCGAUCGCAGGCGAAACAGGCGAAGAAACCGGAUUUCACAUUUCGAAAUUUUGCCCAGCGUGAGCACCUUUUCAUGCGUUGGAAGGAGUACUUCCUCGUUCCCGAUCAUCGCGUGAGGUCGAUCUCCGGAGCUAGCUUCGAAGGAUUCUAUUACAUUUGCUUUAAUCAGGUGGAGGGAACGGUUGCUGGGAUCUACUUUCACGCCAAGAGCGAAAAGUAUCAACAACUCGAGCUCAGACAUGUCAAAGACUAUGGUUGUGCGCCAGCCAUGGAGUUCCGUUGA